AUGGGGAAGGUGUUGGAGUUCUUAUAUACGUUCUACGACGAGGUUGUUGAUGGUAUAAUUCUGGCUAAAGUGAAUAAAAAAAUCUUGGAGUUGGAAGAAUCUUUCCGCAGUCUGUACAAACAGGUUGAUGAUGUCCGAUGCUUUGGAGAAGCAUUGGAAAAACAAGUUAUUGGUUUGACUGAGGGUGGCUUUUGGAAUGGUCUAAAGAGGUAUUUGUUUGGGAAGACCGAGAAGAAGACUGAGGGGACAGAAGAGAAGAAGACCGAGGACUGA